AUGGCUCAAGGUAUACUCAAUGGUCCCUGUGCGAAUCCUGCUUUCAACUGGUCCUGCUUUGGCACUAAAUUAGUGGAUAAAGAGUUUUCUUCAGCAGUUAAAAUUCAAGUACGUAUCGAUCUUCCAGUUAAACAAGUCAAUAUGUUCGAUGAUCAAAGUUUACCAUUUAGUCCUUCGUGGUUCCCCCCGUCACCAGAACCAUUUCCUCAAUCAAUGGAGCUUAGGCAAGACCCUACAAUGGUAGAAGCUGAGAACAUGGAUGAAGUAUUUGCUGGAUUAUUCUCUGUUCCAGCAAUAAGCGAGGCUACUCCCACAACAAGUACACAACCAAGUCUAGUCCCAUUUCCAGAGUCAUUAAUAAUACCACAAUAUCCACCUGACGUGCCGGCGCCACAAGAACAACCAUUGUGUCGUUCACUUGGAUAUUUACAACAUUCUGAUAACCAAGAUUUACUGAAUCCAAACGUGCUCAAUUCCUUUCAGGAGCCAGAUGUGUCCACAAUGAAGCAGCAGCAACAACAACAACCACAACAAUCUGAUCACCAAAGUUUACUAAAUCCAAACAUGAUGUAUUCUUUUCAAGACCCAGAUGCUUCUACAAUGCAGCAACAACCACCAUUAGCCAAUUCACAUGGAUAUGUACAACAAUCUGAUGAACAAGGUUUAUUAAAUCCAAACAUACUGAAUUCUUUUCAUGAACCUGAUGUUUCUACAAUGCAACAACACCAACAACCAUUAUCCAAUUCAAAUGGAUAUUUACAACAAUCAGAUGAAGGAGAUUUAUUACAGAACAUGCUAAAUUCUUUUCAGGAGCCAGAUGGUUCUGCAAUGCAACAGCAACAAUUGGUUUGCCAUUCAAAUGGGUAUGUACAAGGAAACUUACCAAACAUACAAUCAGAUCAGCAAUACUUAUCCAACCAAAACAUGAUUAUGAAUUCACUUCAAGAUCCAAAUAAUUCUACGAUGAUAAAUAUUGUUCAUCAAACCGAAGAAGGAAACAAUGAAUAUGCACAUCAGCAGCCAUUGAUUGAUUCUUUUGGGUUACCAAAUCAUCUUCAAGAUCAGUUUCUAUCACCACCUGUACCAGAAAAUUACCCAUCGUAUCCGGCGUACCAACAUGGUCUGAUUGGUUCACAUUUCAACAUGUACGAGCAGCAACCACCUCCGAGAGCUUUAACAAACAGAGAAGACGAACAUCUCCCCCCAAGGAUGGUUUCAGAUUUGGCUAUGACAUAUUAUCAACAAAAUCAAAUUUCUAUGAUUCCUCCUCAACCUCGAAUGUCAUCGAGCUCGACUAGGAACUAUUUUCAACAAAAUCAAAUUUCUAUGAUUCUUCCUCAACCUCGAAUGUCGUCGAGCUCGACUAGUUUGUCUUGCGUAGGUCUUGUCCUCUACAAAAUCAAAAUUCUAUGA